GACACACUGACAGUUGACACAGAAGAAUUUGUUAUUUUUGUGUAGGUUUGUCGUGUGAAUUAUCUUGAUUUCCUACUAAAUUUAAGCUUAUUUAAUACAUAUAUUAACAGAAAAUGCUAGAAGUAACCUGCAAUGAUCGUCUGGGAAAGAAAGUUCGUGUUAAAUGUAAUCCUGAUGAUACUGUUGGCGAUCUCAAGAAGUUAAUAGCAGCACAAACUGGAACACGAUACGACAAAAUCGUCUUAAAGAAAUGGUACACCGUGUUCAAAGAUCACAUCAAACUAUCUGAUUAUGAAAUUCACGAUGGGAUGAACUUGGAGCUGUACUAUCAAUAAGAAAAAUAUUUUAGGUAAUAAAUGAUAAUCUGUAAUAAGUUUACUAUAAUAUGGGUAGAAAUAAAAUGUACACAUAAAAAUAAUAAGUUUACUUAUCAUAAUGGAUACAAAUUUGCUCAUUAAAAGAAUAUAGAGCAAAUUAAAUAACAACAUGUAAAUUUAACCUUUUGGCUAAUCACAAUACUUGAUUGUAU